AUGCAGGCGGUGCGCCCGGCUGCGGAGGAGGAGGAGGCCCAUGCGCAGGCGCAGGAGCAGGCGGUGAGGGAGGAGGCCGCUGCCGAGGUGAAGAGGGAGGUGGCCAAGGCGCACGAGGAGGAGGCGGCGCCGGAGGAGAAAGAGGUGGCGGUGGUCGGGGAGGAGGCGGAGGCGGAGGCAGAGGCCGAGGGGGAGGUGGAGGGGGAGGUGAAGGGGGAGGCCGGGGCGUCGGCCAAGAAGAACCGCAUCCAGGUGUCCACCAACAAGAAGCCGCUCUACUUCUACGUCAAUCUCGCCAAGAGGUACAUGCAGAAUUAUGACGAGGUUGAACUCUCUGCUCUGGGGAUGGCCAUUGGCACCGUUGUGACUGUCGCCGAGAUCCUCAAGAACAAUGGCCUCGCCACCGAAAAGAAGAUCCUGACAUCAACUAUCGGCACCAAAGACGAGUCUAAGGGUCGGCUUGUUCGUAAAGCCAAGAUCGAGAUCCUGCUGUGCAAAUCGGAGAACUUCAACAGCAUCAUGUCCAGCAAGAAAUCCGACCGCCCGAAAUCCGCCGAGGAAGAGAUCAAGGUGUGAUCUUGCUGGAUCGACUUCUCCAGGCCUCCUCGCAUUCCUUUUCCAGAGGUUGGCCAGUGAUGACAGCAUGGAUGGGUGGGGCAACAGCAGUCUGAUUAAAGUACCUAGUAAUUAGGGUCUUAGUCCUUGUUGAGAUGGAUCACAUCUUGUGAGAUGACCAAAUCAUGCAAGAUGUGUCAACGGCAUCCGUUUGAGAUGAUGUAGAAUUUGAUCAGAGGCUGGAAAUGUUGUUCCUUAUGUGUCCUCAAUCAUCAAUUUGUGUGCCUUUCACUAAUAUGUAAGCAAAGGCUAAAGUCUAUGUACGUUGUGUUGGCGAUUUAAUUCAUUUUUCAGGAGAACUGUCCAUU